CCAAUCGUGUUGGCCGAUCCCUACUUGUGCUGCUAAUUCAGCAGAUUUUGAACUCGAUUCAAUACGUUAAUCUUCAAAUGACACCUACUGUCCAAGCAAACCAACCAAAUAAUCCCUAUGACUUAGAUUAUGACUCAGAUGACGACGAAUUGACUCCGGAAGAACUGAGUCGAUACAAUGAAGCUGCACUUGCGUCCGACGGUUUUGAUGUACCCACCUUACGGGAUAGUUCUGAAGUUGGUCUCAUUGUACCUGUAUCAGAGAAAUUACUAUCUAAACCACAUCUUCGAGAAUGUGCGCAGAAGGCUAUUAGUGAGUACAAUAUUGAAAAUGGAACCAACUAUGAGUUUGUGAAAAUUGCGAAAGCUACCCAUCAAGUUGCCUGGGGUCUCUUGUAUUACAUCACGUUUGAUGUCAAACAAAUUGGAAUAGAGUUUCUAACAACAACUUUCGAAGCUAAGGUGUUAUAUGCGAUUGAUGAUAGUAUGGAGGUAUACUUAUGUAGACCAAAGCGCUCUAGUUGAGCAUCUUUCU